AAUCAAUAUAUUCCAGUAAACAUGGCAAAACGCAGGUCAAGGAUAUUGAUCUGAGAAAGAUGAUACAAUAAUGUAUGCAAAGGCUACUACAUAGUACGCAUGGUGUCAGUAAUCCUCUUGGAUUAAUAGAGAAACAUUAAUAAAUAUACAUAAAGGUGAGAUCUGUCACAGAGGAAAUUUCAAGAGCACACAGGAAUGAUUCAAGUGACAUCAGCACGCCUGAGUAAUGGCCCCACCCAGUGGAGAGAUGUGGUAACGACAGGAAAGUUCCUGAAGACUCUGGAGCUCCUCCAGUGAGAAUAUAAAAGCUGGGACAGUCCCACUGCUGAGACAGAAAGCAACACACACUUUAACAAGAGGACUCGACACUGAACACACACUGAGGAUGCUGUGCUCUCAUGGACUCCACUCAGUCCUCUGGCCUGUACGCGUCCUGAAGCCAGAGGUCAGACCCCUGCUCCACCAGCAGGAUCUACUGCAGAGAAACCUACAGGAGCUCCGCAGCAGUCUGGAGCUGAUGGACAAACUUCAACACAAGAUCCAGGAGGAGACGGAGCCUUUCCAAACCAGCAUGGCCGUGCAGCUGGAGGAAGAGGGAGAGCACUUCGGCCUGACCCUGGACACUCGAGGCUUUUCCCCAGAGGAGCUGUCUGUCAGACAGGAGGGCAGGAAGCUGAGAGUCAGCGGGAAGACAGAGAAGAAGCAGGAGGACGGGAAAGGCUCCUACUCUUACAGACUCCAGGAGUUCAGACAGGAGAUUGAUCUGCCCCAAGGAUCCAACCCUGAAGCCGUCACCUGCUGCCUGGCUCCAGACGGGAAGCUCCACAUCCAGGCAGCCAAAGCUCCAU